UUGCCUCUGUUCUCUACAGCUGAUGGAGUUGCCCUUGGAGCCGCGGUUGCAUCUUCUCAGGUCUCUGUACAAGUCAUUGUUUUCUUUGCGGUCAUCCUGCAUAAGGCCCCAGCAGCGUUUGGUCUGGUCUCGUUCCUCAUGCAUGCAGGAUUAGAGAAGAAACAAAUUCAGAAGCACCUACUGGCAUUUUCAGUUGCUGCACCUCUACUUGCCAUUACAACGUACAUAAUUCUGACAAUGUCAGGGGGAAGCUCACAGCACCGACUCAGCGCCACAGGACAUGGCAUGCUCUUUUCAGCUGGAACUUUCCUCUAUGUUGCUACUGUUCACGUCCUACCAGAGAUCCAGUGGCCGAGGGCACAAUCAACACAAUGGGGCAUCCGAAUACAGACAUCAAGGAUUGGGACUGUUAGAGAGCCUGACACUGGUGGUGGGAGCCUUCCUCCCAGUCCUGCUAUCAUUAGGACUUCAUGAUGGCUGA